AUGGGCUUCGGCAGCUUUGACGACAUUUGUGUCAAGACCCCUCUUCCGCUAUGCUCGCUUGUUGGCCCUCCAUCGUCCCUGGAGGGUUCCAGAGGAAUUCCUACGAGGUGCUAUGCGCGAAACAUUGAAGUCGCCAACACCAUCAUUUUUCAAGGUGCCGCCGACUGUGUACAUAUCGCGGCUUUGUCUAUGAUAGCCAUUAUGAUCCUGCAUGUACGGUCGAAAUUUACAGCUGUCGGCCGCAAGGAAAUCAUCACAUUCUUCUACAUUUACAUGCUUUUGACCAUGUGCUCUCUCGUUAUCGAUGCCGGUGUUGUUCCCCCGGGAAGCGGGCCUUUUCCUUACUUCGCUGCAGUACAAAACGGACUCGCAUCGGCACUCUGCACAUGUCUCCUCAUCAACGGAUUUGUUGGAUUUCAAUUGUACGAAGAUGGCACAGCGCUUUCUGUCUGGCUACUGCGAAGUAGUUCGGUCGGCAUGUUUGCAAUCUCGUUUGUCGUCUCGCUCUUCACCUUCAAGGGUUGGGGCGGGUUGGAUCCAGCCAAUCCUAUUGGUAUGUUCGUUGUCAUUUACCUUUUGAACGCCAUUUGUCUGGCCGUCUACGUUGUCAUGCAAUUGAUGCUUGUCUACGGCACUCUGGACGACCGCUGGCCUCUAGGCCAUAUCUCCUUUGGCGUGUUCGUCUUUGUCGUGGGUCAAGUGUUGUAUUAUAGCUUCAGCGAAACCAUCUGCAACAACAUCCAGCAUUAUCUGGACGGCACAUUCUUCGCUACUUUCUGCAACCUGCUCGCCGUCAUGAUGGUCUACAAGUACUGGGACUCCAUCACCAAAGAGGACCUCGAAUUCUCCGUCGGCGUCAAGCAAAACAACUGGGAAGUCAAAGACGCCGACGGCGAAGACCGUCGACUCACAAUGUACCCGGACAACGCCUCAGAAUACGCGCCCAGCACUCAGUACCGGAGCUCAACAUUUGGCGGCAAUCAUUCCGGUUAUUAG